AUGACGACCUCACACCCCACCAUCUCAAGAGCUAUCCUCCUGUUGCCACGGGGAUCACACGCAGAGACGCAGAUCGGACAGGACAGCGCGGCAUCCUGGGAAUGCUGUAGGAGUAACACCGGAGCGUUGCCUGGAAACAGCAGCAUGCCCAUACAACAGAUAACUGUGGUUCCGGCCAAAGAGACAGCCAGCAACGGCAAGAGUGCUGCUCGCUCCAAAGACAAGACUGAAGGGAGGAAGGGCCCCGGGCGCUCAGGGAGUCGAUCCAGCAACAUUUCCAAGGCCAGCAACUCUACAACCGGAUUAACCACAGCCUCGAAAACAUCCAUCACCCCGUCUUCUCAGGACAUAUGCAGGAUCUGCCACUGUGAGGGGGAAGACAACUGCCCGUUGAUAAUGCCAUGUCGCUGCACGGGGAGCCUGAGUUUCGUCCACCAGACCUGUCUCAACCAGUGGAUCAAAUCCUCAGACACUCGCUGCUGUGAACUCUGCAAGUUUGACUUUGUUAUGGAGACGAAGCUCAAACCUUUACGCAAGUGGGAGGGGCUAACAAUGACGAAGGGCGAGAGGAGGAAGAUCUUCUGUUCAGUGUUGUUUCACCUGAUAGCAAUAAUGUGUAUGUUUUGGUCAGUCUACGUUCUGGUCAAGAGAACCACCGAAGAGAUCCGACUUGGGAAGGGCGACAUACUCGAGUGGCCCUUCUGGACCAAGCUGAUUGUGGUGGGCAUUGGCUUCACUGGCGGCCUCAUCUUCAUGUACAUCCAGUGUAAAGUCUACCUGCAGCUGUGGCGCCGCCUCAAGGCCUUCAACCGCAUCAUCACUGUGCAGAACUGCCCCGAAAAAGACAUGCACCACCCUCAGGCCCGAACCAGCACCCUGACCAACGGCAGGCACGAAACAGUGGAGGUUCCCGUCAGUCCGCCUCCGGUCCCGGCUCCAGAGGCACAGAAUGACUCGGAGAUGUCCGUGGAGGCUGCGGUGGCGCCGGCACAAAACCCCGUCUGA